GGACGUUAUAACACGAGACCGAGGCGCACUUUUGACACAGUAAGCGUCUGUUUGAACACACGAUCUUUGUUCGCCGCUCCGAGUGAACCAGGAAGAAGCGGCGGGCGACCGGAGGGGGAAAAAAACCCGUUAGCGAACCCGCAGGUGGAUAGCGGCUUUUUUUUUUUGCUGUUGCCAUCACUGUCAGAGGUGAUGAGGACGCGUCGCUGAAAAAAACCGGCAGCGGAGCUGAAACGACACCUGAACGCGUUAGCCGGUGGUGAUGAAGGCAGGUUGUCAGGCGUUACCGUAACUGACGUUACGCGUCCCUUUUGAUGCAUCUCUGUGCCAUUGUGUCGGUCACGGAGCCGUUAACCGCAAAGCACCGUCAGCUAGCCGCAGCGUUAGCUCCCUUCUGCAGCUAACCGAGUGAGGCGAUAGCAAAAUGUUUGUAACGCACUGGGAGGUGUGGGGAACAUACUGGGAGUGUGUUUCCAGACCGUACACGGUGUUCCUGUGCUCCCUCACGGCCGCGCUGUGCUACCUGUGGGGCCGCAAGCGUCAGACACCUGCCCUGGUCUCCGGCCAGGCUUUCGGCGCAUUCCUCUACAAGCACUGUCCCGUGGUGGCCGAGCGCUUCAGUCCCACUCCGUGGUGCUGGGGGGGCCGGCUUCAAACCCUGGUCUGCGCCGUCCUCAAGUCCCGCCCCGCCGUCACCUAUCGCAAUGAGCUGAUCCCUACGGUGGACGGGGGUCAGAUUUCUCUGGACUGGAUGGACAAUCAGGACAGUGCGACCUACCCGGACUCCUCCACGCGGCCCACGGUGCUGAUCCUCCCGGGCCUGACGGGCAACAGCAAGCAGUCCUAUGUGCUCCACGCGCUCAACCAGGCUCGCCGCCGCGGCUACAGAUGUGUGGUUUUCAACAACAGAGGGCUCGGAGGUGAAGAGUUGUUGACGCCCGUCACCUACUGUGCAGCCAAUACCUCCGACCUGGAGCACGUGGUGCAGCACAUCAAAGGACUUUACCCAUCUGCCCCCGUGCUCGGUGCUGGCGUGUCUUUGGGAGGCAUGUUGCUGUUAAACUACCUGGCCCGUAAGCGCACGGACUCGGGGAUGGUGGCGGGCAUCACCAUCUCGGCCCCCUGGAAUGCGCUCAAGUCGGCGGCUUCGAUGGAGGAGCCGCUCAAUUGGCUGCUCUUCAACAGAUACCUCACCGCCGGCCUGUGCAGUGCUGUCACCAGGCACAGGAAGGUCCUGGAGAAAGUGGUGGAUAUCGACCAUGUCUUGAAGGCGCAGACCAUCCGCGAGUUUGACGAACGCUUCACCUCCCUGCUGUUCGGUUAUAAAUCUUGCUCCGACUAUUACUUCGACGCCAGCCCGGACAACAAACUCCACAAUACGACAGUCCCCAUCUUGUGCCUGAACGCCGCCGACGACCCCUUCUCUCCGCAGCACGCCUUCCCGUUGACCACGAUCCAGAGCCUGCCUAACGUCGCCCUGUUGCUGACGGCCCACGGUGGACACAUCGCCUUCCUGCAGGGUCUGUUCCCCCGGGGGGAGAGCUACAUGGAGCGCCUGUUUGGGCAGUUUGUCCAAGCCGCCUUCGAACACCCCAAGGACAUCAGGAAGGCCUGCGGCGUUACGGACGAGCACGCGUCGCCUCCGUCUGUAGGAUAACUGCAAGCUGAGAGGAGAACAAAAAGCUCUUCACUAAAGUGCAUUGCUCAGCUUUGCAUGUCGUCGUGGAGCCGCAGCGUGCACAGCUGUAAUGUACAAUCGUUUGACCUCGCUGCUGCAGCAAUGCUCUCUACCUCCUCGUCUUCUCAGGUUCUCUUUUAAUGAUCAAAGGAGAUCUUGAGUGCAACUAAGAUGAAGCUUCAAUGCACCCAACAAAAGGAUUCAUACAUUGGUUUAAGAACAAAAAGAAGUCAAUAUAAUUGACUAUAAAUCCGUUUUAAUCACAUUCUUUGUCCCACACGCCGUCCCAAUCGGACUUGAUGCAAUGUAGUGUGUGUUGAAACCGAAAUGCACUUUUAUUCAUACAGAGUGUUUUAAGUGUGAAAACUAUUCUGAAAUGUAAUUUUAAAUAGAAAUGAAUUGAAUGUUAAUGAACCACACGCAUACGGUCUGUUUUGCCUGGUGGGCUACUUUGGAUUUGCGAGAUUUGCUUUCCUUAACGUGUAUAACAUUUUGUAAUAGGAUUGCACUCCCUGCACGCAUGCUUUACACGCAUACAAUUCCUCAACACUUUGGAAAGGAAAUCCUGCUACGGUUCAGUUAUUAAAACUGUUUCAGCCUGAAAACAGCAACACGGUGGGAAUGCACACAUCCACCAUGAAGAAAGGACUCAUGGUGUUGCAAGACAGGUUCAUCUUCCGAGUUGUGAUUUUAAACAAAAAACUGAACUGUAAAUAUGAAAAAGUAUUGUGUGCUUGAAUGUGCUUCUGCAGUGUAAAUCAUGCAGUACAUCACAGGUGAAUAAGCUGACUCUGCAAAAAGGACCGGAGGUAGCGUGUACCUGCAAUCAAUAAUUCAAUAGCGCUUUUAAAAAAACUUGUGUGCGAGUUGUAAUGUGCCUAUUGUUUGACACGGUCGCACAAUGUCUGGACAAGUGGCAAUAGAAAAAAAUCACUGAUUUGAGCCCGUUGGUGUGCGAGCUGAAUGUCUUUUCAAAUUAAUCGAGAACACAAACUGUGUGUGUGUGUGUGUGUGUGUGUGUGUGUACCAAUACCAAUGGUGCACUGAUGAAGCAAACAUUGUGUUAUGAUGACAAAACCCAGAAUUUAUGAUGUACGUCAUUAUUACUAGUUGUUGAACUCUUAAUAGGAAAUGUGCAUAUUGUAUAGUUGUUGUAUUACGUUUAUUUACUCAUCUCUUUGCAGAUGUUGACCACUUUCACUUGCCUUCAGUAGUUUUGCUUCUGUAUGAGCUGUAGCCACAAUCAGAGUGUUUGCAAUACCAGUUAAGAUUGUUACCGUGCACCUGAAACAAUUUUGGCAUUAUGAACAACCUUGAUGUGUUGUUGUUUUUUGUAAUUACACUUGAAUUAAAGAAUUAUAAUCAUACAGA